AUGAGGAACUUUAUAUUACAAUUUAAGAAUAAAUUAACAGAUAACUCUUUUGAGAAUCUUAUUUGGUUGAUCAAUCUGUUCCCAACUCUGUUAGGAUUCUCUUAUUUUGGUAAUCAAAUUAAAGCAUUAUUUUGGAUAUUUCUACUUGCUAGCACGUUUUACAUAAAUAUUGUAGGAACUGUAGUUUAUCAGAAAAAUCAUGCUGCAGGAUUGGUUGAUACUUUGAAUAGUUAUUUUAAUGUAUUAAUAUUUAUCAUAACCUACAAUUACUGUAGAUGGUUUUUAUUUGAACGAAAAAGUUUAAUGAAUCUUCUCGAGCUUGCUAACAAGAACAACGAUAUGGCAGUGGAAUUUGAAACAAGCGCUGUUAAGCUUAAAAAAAUAAUAAAAUCUAUCAAAAAUCUAAUAACCAUAUGGUACUUAUUUCAUUUAAUAAACGGAGUGUUUGUGUUCAUACCAAAAAGAAUAUCAGAAAUGGAUGAUUGUUCAUUAUCGUCUUGUGUUGGACUAAAGCCAAUGUCAGAAAGUCCAAAUAAAGAAGUAUGUAUCCUGAUCCUGACUGCACAUGCGUUAUUUUGUAUCAUCACAACAGCUGCCUAUGAUGCAACAUUUUUGUUCUUAUUUGCUCAUACAGCGGCCAUGUUUGAAAUCCUAAAAGAAGAAACAAUAUCAUUAAAUGGAAUUUACGAAAUUUCAAAACAUGAACACCUUGAAGACACACGAACAGUUAUGGAAAGACUUAAAAAUCUAAUAAAUCGUCAUUCUUUAAUUUUGCAUACUGUUAAAAAAAUUCAAGAUAUAUACAAUGUUGCUGUGGGUAUAAGUUUUGGUUUAGAAGCGAUUUCGAUGUGUUUAUUCUUUGUUUUACCUCUAGAAGCAGUUUUAAACUUAAUGCCGAUUAUAAUUCAUGGUCUUUCGAUGUUCUUCUUGUAUUGUUAUCAAGGACAGAAGAUAACCACUGCAGCAGAGGGAUUUGAAAUGGCGGUGUAUUGCUGCGGAUGGGAAAACUUUGGUGUUAAAGAACAAAAAAUGAUAUUAAUUAUGUUGAGACAAUCACAAAAGCCUGUUAUAUUAAAAGCAGCAUCGGUAGCCCCGAUUUCUAUUUAUUCAUUUGCUUGUACUAUGCAGUCUAUUUAUAAAUUAGUGACAGCGUUCAAAACUUAA